UGAUUUUGCAUUUCCGGGAAGGGGAGACUGAAUGUAAACAAUACAGAUCACUCCCCUGUCAACUCCUGCACACUGCUUUGAAUGGCUCUGCAUAGCAGGGCCAUCCAAAGCAGUAUGCUUACAGUGAUGCACACACACAGCACAUAAUGUGAAACAGCACACAGUUAACCCUUUCAUUGCCCCAGAUGUUAAUCCCUUCCUGCCCAGUGCCAUUAGUACAGUGUCAGUGCUUUUUAUUAGCACUGAUCACUGUAUUGGUGUCACUGGGGAUGUCUUUGGCACCAAGUCAGUUCCCCCCAGUGUCAGAAUGCCUGCCACAGUAGCGCAGUCCCGCUAUAA